ACAAAUUGAUAAUUAUCGAAAAAAGAUGAAAAGUUUAUUUAAAUAUGACUUGCAAAAAUUUCACUUAACAACUGAUGACUUUAGAGAUGUUAAGAAGUAUUUUUAGUAAUUUUCAAGAUCACAUCUUAGUGUGCAUGUGUAUUGAAGUAUUUCAUCUUUUCAACGAGAAUUGAUUUAAAUCGAGCUUACGAUAAUCGAGACAGUUUAUCAUCUCAAUUUGCACAUAAUAGAACUUUGAAAUUUAAAUCAGUGAAUAGUUUAUGAAGAUAUGGUGAGUAAAUAGUCGGGAAAUAAAUUGUUGAUAUUUGUUUUUUUUUUAAUAUUCAAUAACCAUCUGAUACAUUUGGAUUACAAAUUAAAUGAGAUCGAAUUAGAAGUUUUAAAAAUUAAUUGAAAGAUACACGGAUUGAUUUUUUUAGAAUUUAAAACACUGAAAAUUUCUAUUGAAAACUCGUGUUUAGAAAAUCCGGAAAAUAAUACAUUUUUGUUUUUUUUUACAUUUUUCCAAUUUUCACAACCAGAAGUUAAAAGAAAAUUAUUAUUUAACUUCCAGAGCUCAGGGAUAAGAUUUUCAUGUCGAUUUUUGAGCUCGCGCUUGAAAAUUAUAGUUUUAUAUAAAGAUUAAAUUUUCCAUAAUGAAGUUAACAGAAAUAAUUGACAUUAAAUAAAACUUCUUGUAUUAUUUAUAAAUAUACAUAUAUUUGUUUUUAUUUGAAAGUAGGUUAAGGUUUUAACGAAAGUUAUAGUAUAUAUACAAGAAUCCUUAUCGAGUAUCCAGAUUCAUGUUUUCUUCUUCGGACGAAAAAAAUUUUGCAAAGUAAACAAAACAAUAAGAAAACUUAUUAUGAAAAUAAAAAAAAUUUUGACAAUUGAAUCAUAAUUUUCUGUCAUUACGUUUUUUUUUUUUUUUUUUUUUUUUAAUGAGCUCAUAAAAUUAUCGGUUUUAUUGGUUAUAAUCUUAUCGAUGUGAGCUCUGAAACUACUUAAUGAAAUCUGGUUAUUUGUAUACAGUGUACCAAAUAAAAGUUAUAUAUAUAUAUAAAUUUGUUUAAAUGUGUGGGUGAAAUAACAUACACAUAUAUCAUGAAAGUUGACGUUUAUAUUGUGCAGUAGCUCGAAUUAGCGCUCAGUCUUACUGAGGCCUUCAUAACAGAUUAUAUUACUAUACAUUCCAGUGUGUAAAAGACAACAAGUCAUGAGUAAUCGUAAGAGAAUGCUGUCUUACCGGCCAUGGGGAUCGACGGAAGAUGGCGCCAUCGAGUUCGAAUCCCUGACAUCUGAAACAUUGGCGGGCGCCUUGAAUGUUAUGCGAGACUCAUUUUUUCCUGAUGAAAGCAUAUGUAUAGGUUGUGAUUUACUAUCUGAACCCGGAGCACCUGAAGAACUUGAACAAUUGUGCUUACAUACAGCUAAAGAUGGCGUCAGUGUUGUUGCGAUUGAUGUCGCCUCAAUGGAAGUAGUUGGCGUAGCAUUCAACAAAUUGCAUAAACGUGGCGCCCAAAAUGAGAAAGGAUAUUUUGAAGAAUUUAGCGAAAACUGCAAGUACAAAGCGUCUAAAUGCCUCGUAGAUUUUAUGAUAAAUGUUGACUCGAGAGUUAAUCUUUUCAAACAUUAUAACGUAGACUCUAUUAUGGAAAUAAUGUUUCUUGCAACGAAGAAAGACUUCCAGAGAAGAAGAAUUGGGGAGCUAUUAGUAUCCUCAUCACUGGAAUUGGGAAAACAACUUUACAAAGGAGUCGCUGUAAAAACUAUAGUCGACUUUGAUGAAAAGUCAAUCACUAAUGAAGACGCUAUUCCUAGUCUUGUGUCAGCAAUAAUGACAUCGAAUUACUCACAGAAAAUUAGUCAUAAGCUAAGUUUCGAUACUAUUAUUGAAGUGAACUAUGAUGAGUUUACGUUUGCUGGUAAAAAAUUUAGUGAACGAAUAGGAAAUAUUCAUAAAACUUGUCAACUUGUUGCGAGAAGACUUUCUAGGAAUUGAUAUGAAUUUAUGGUUGGAGCGCUACCUCAAUAAACAGUAUUAAUCUGUUUUGAAUUGCUAAUAUUGUUUCAUAUUAAUUUCAACCCGAGAAAAAAUGGUGGGAUAUGAUUAUAGAGUCAUGUGAGACAAGUGGGCGCAAACCCAUCGAUUUCAGACCGAAAUGAAUGGGUUUGCGCAUACUUACCGACAGCUGCUACCAAUUUCAAUCGGUAACGGCUACCAAAAUAAGAGCGGUUAUCGAUUGUCAAUAAUAUAUUGUAAGAUAUCAUUUUUUUGUGGGAUACAAUAAUUUACUG